UUGGCGGUAGAAAAAGUUAGGAGCCUUGCGACAACAUCCAGUUCCACUGUUGAGUUGGCCUCAUCUUUGUAUCAACGCGGUGAGCUCGCUCUGCCACUGGGGUUCUACACUCUUCAAUCAAAACCCUAAUUUUCUUACCAAUGUGCUCUUCUUCUUCCUUCCCCUCUACCUUCUCUUCAUUCCUUACCAAGUCCCCAUCCAUUUCCCGACGACGGACUGUUCUUUUCCCCAACUCCCAUCUAUUCCUCGCCCAUCUCAGGCCCACUAACUCUACAUUUCGUAUUGCUGCUUCUAUUACUGAACCAGACCUCGAGCUUUCGUCUUGGUUUAAUUCCGACCAACCCAACACCGGCGACGCCUAUGGUGGCUGGGUAUUUCUCAACUCUCCAACCAGUGAUGUAAAAACCGAGAAACGAGGGUUGUCUCGUUCCGUAAUUGGGGUGGUUGGGACCUCACUUGUUGUUUUGUUCGCUGUUAUUGCUCAAAUUUCACUAUCUAGAAGAGGGUUUAAGUUUCAGUGGCGUAUUCCCUUGAGAUCAUUAGAAGGGAUAUUUAGUCAUACGGAAAAUGUAGGCGAUCGAGGCAAAACUGUGGAGGAUAGUUUACCCAAUGACGAUCUACCGACUGAAUCUCGUGCUGAGUCAAUAGCUGAUUCUAAGAUUGAUGACACUAUUACUUCAGAUUCUGGGAAUAAGCUUGAACGAGUUAUAAUCACCAUUCCUGUUGAUUCUACUCAAGAUGAAGCGUUGUCGAUUUUGAAGAAACUUAAGGUUAUUGAAGAAGAUAUUAACGGUGGAGAGUUGUGUAGUAGAAGGGAAUAUGCAAGGUGGCUAGUUCGUAUGUAUUCGUCAUUGGAAAGGAAUCCAAAACACCAUAUUAUUCCAUCUGUUUCGCUUUCUGGGUCAACAGUUGCUGCUUUUGAUGAUAUAAGUUUUGAAGAUCCUGAUUUUGAGUCCAUUCAAGCUCUAGCAGAAGCUGGUGUCGUACCCAGCAAAUUAUCACCAAACUAUGGAUAUGAUGGCUUGGGAGAUCGAGAGCGAACUUAUUUUUUUCCUGAGAGGUUUGUAUCUCGCCAGGCUUUGAUAGACUGGAAAGUCCAGUUAGAUUAUGAGUUUGUCCCUGGAAUGCUAGAACGGAUAUCAAGUACAAAGGUGGAUUUUAUGGACUUGAAGGAAAUCAGUUCAGAAGCAUCACCACAACUGUUCAUGGAUAUUUUAGCUGGGGAGAGAAGCAUUCUCAGAAAAGUUUUUGGUCGAAUGAAACGGUUUCAACCAAACAAACCUGCAACAAAAGCACAAGUAGCAGUCACACUGGCAAGUGGCAGGAUGGCAGAAGCAAUUUCUGCUGAAUUAUCAAGACUGGAAUCCGAGAGUUCUGCUAGAAAGGCUGAGAUAGAAGAUAUCAAGUUGGAAUUGGUAGAAAGAGGAGACAUACAAAGGUAUUGGGAUAAGAAGCUAACUGAGGAGAAAAAACGCCUUUUAGAUAUGGAGGAACUUUAUCUUGCUGCUGUCAGUAAUUUGGGAGAGGAGAAAAUGGUUCGAGAGAAGAUUUUUUCCGAGUAUUUAAAGGAGAAGGCAUCUAUAGACUGUCAGAGGCAAUUGCUUCUCAGCCUCAAGGAAGAAGUUGAUGGGAUGACAGAAAAGCUUCUUUCUGAGAGAUCUGUCUGUGAGACAGAGCAGAAUGAGCUACACAAUAUGCGCGCUGAUUUACAGAACCAGCUAGAGGGGAUGCUUGAUACAAAAUCUGUGCUUGAAGCUGAGAAAGAAGCUCUCCGUAUUCUUAGAACUUGGGUAGAAGACGAAGCAAGGAAAAGCCAAGCUCGUGCUAAGGUUCUUGAGGAGGUCGGACGUAGGUGGAAAUGGGACGAUCAACCUUGAAAUUUUCCCACAUACUGUGUUGUAAAGUUGUCCCCAAUUUCAUUCACAAAUUACCUACUUGAGGAAUCGGCAGUAAGAAGAGAUCAUAAUGUAUUUUUGCUACUACACUCGCAAGUCUAAUCAGAGGAUUUGAUUACAAUAUCUUGCUGCUGUAAUAGAUUCGUUCAUAAAUUAAUCCAGAUUGAAAAGUCAAGCUUUACUUCAUUUUCAUCGACAAUGUAGAAAUUUUGUUUAUAACUUUGUACUAUUGAAUCUAUUGCUCCUCGAUUUGCCCC